GUCAAACUGUCACUUGCUACUUAAACAGAUCUCCAGAUCUCACGUCUGCCUUCGGUCAGCUAAAAUUCUUUCAACAUGAUGAAAACUACGGUUUGUUUCAUAGUAUUAUGGAUGUGUAUUGCAUUCAGCGAGGCUCAAAAUGGAUGCCCACUAGUUCCUUGUCCUGCAAUACUCUAUCCAGCACACUGCAGAUCGGUUACUUUCUUCAUACAAGGAAAGGACCAGGUUUGUCAAAGUUGCGACCGGUGCAAGGAAAAGGUGGAUAGCAAACACCUGGAUAAGAAAGGAUGUCCCCGACAAGCCUGCAACAAGAAGAGAAUACCUGACGGUUGCCGGAGAGAUAUUUAUUAUGUCUACCAGGGACGAGUCAUCUGCGAAGAUUGUCCACAGGAUACAUGUUUAUAUUCAUAAAGCUAUUAUGGAAUAAAUAUAUGCACAAUA